AUGCUCAUGGGACAGGUUGUGCGGCUAGAUUCCUAUGCGAAGCGAGUUGUAAACUGCUCUAUUGUAUGCAGUGCUGUGGCUCUUGUUAAGAACAAGGGCGUGAUUUCUUUUCUUACUUUUAGUGUUUUCUCCAGCUCUUCUGAUUCUGAGAGAAAAACAUUUCACAGAAUUUGCAUAGGCGCUGUUAUUAGCGCAAACGGAUUCUCUAACACUGUGGAUGCACGCCAAGUAUUUGCAUGCACGAGAAACAUCAAGAUACAUGAUCUAAAUACAGUGCCGUCUGAAAUAUUCGAGCCUACAACCGAUGUGUACACGCCUUUCUCGCAGAUGCUGAAGAACAACUAUGCCCAGGCAAUGCUUCUUAUAGUAAAAACCGUUUCAAGCGAUAAAGGCUAUUGCAUAUACUGUGUGGACACAGAAGGAAGGUAUUUCCGUGUUUUACUGUGCUCUGCAAGCCACACUAUCAAACACCAGGACGUUAUCCUGCUUACAGAUGUAAUUGUAAGAACAGGAGACCAUCGCACGGUGUACACCCAGCAUCUUUCUACCAUAGAGGUAAAUCCCAGUAUUAGAAAUGAAAAAGUAGCAGCUGCCCGCAAUAAGCUAGCUUUCAAGAGCAUUGAGGUAGAAAGCAUGGACGAGAUAAACAGGAUAGAAGAAGACACAAGCAUUUCUCUAAAGGGGAGGAUCCUUAGAAUCUCUAUGAGCAAAAACACAAUCACAAUUGCAAACCACGCGGGCGGAAUCCAGGUGAAGAUGGAAAAAGACAGACUUACACAGCUACUUCAGCAGAUAGUGAGGGACUACAAAUACAAGUGCACGGAAGAUCUCUGGCCUGACUUAGUCUUCUUCAAAGUCCUUCUUACAGCUGACAUUGUUCUGCUGAAUAAGUCAUUUACCAUUCAAAAUAUGGCUGUUGCUCUUCUCCUAUAG